AUGGGCGACUUCAAUGCCCACAACCCUUUGUGGGGAAGGAAGUCUCAUAAUAUCAAAGCACUAUUGUGUUAUUUAUUGACGUACAGGAAGCUGGAAUGCUCGGAGAGAACCACCGACUGUUUAUACUUACACUUCUACAACAAUAAAAAAUUUUACAACAACAACUUCUACAACAAACAACUUUUACAACAACAACUUCUGCAACAAACAACUUUUACAACAACUGUUUCUACAACUACUUCUAUCACAACGACAACUGUUUCUACAACUACUUCUAUCACAAUAACAACUGUUUCUACAACUACAUAUAUCACAAUAACAACUGUUUCUACAACUACUUCUAUCACAACAACAACUGUUUCUACAACUACUUCUAUCACAAUAACAACUGUUUCUACAACUACAUAUAUCACAAUAACAACUGUUUCAACAACUACUUCUAUCACAACAACAACUGUUUCUACAACUACUUCUAUCACAAUAACAACUAUUUCUACAACUACUUCUAUCACAAUAACAACUUAUUGCCUUUAA